AGCUACGUCAUCAUAGACAAACACAACUUUAUUGUUCGUUGUCGUCGUCUCCGAUGACCUAGCGAUAAAGCUCACUAUUACCUUCUUUCAUUUGGAUUUGAGGCAUUAUUGUGUUCUAAAACACACCCGUCUCCGUACCGAAUAACAGCGUAGGCCACCCUUUACUACGAUACGAGACACGUGUGUUACUAGUCUGUUAUUACCUGAUUUUGAAGUUAUUAUUUUAGUUAGUUAUUCGUUUUUUUAUCAAGUCAAAAUCGCACUUUGCGGCGACAGCUUCACCAGUACUGUCUGGGAUUGUCCCAAGACAAGAGACCAUGAUCCCCAUGAAUACAAUACUGCGAUCCCUGGCCCGUCUGCCAUUGAGGAGACCGGUGGCACUUAUGACGAGGAACUUUGAAGUUGGAUGUCCCAUGGCAACUCACACACAGAGGAACGUGGAGUUAACUCCUUUGGAGCAGAGGAAACUUACGUUCGACUCACACGGCGUGGUCAAGGACCUGGUGAUAAGUGGCUUUGAAAAGAACCAAGCUGAGAUCAUCGUGUCGGCUCUGGUGACUCUGACCACCGCAAACUUGGACAUCGUCUACAAGGACAUGGUGACGUCAUCGCAUCAGGAGGUGGCGCUCCAGCAGAUCCUGGCUCACCUUGACGCCGUCAGGAAGGACAUGGUGAUCUUGGAGAAGAGCGAGUUUGCCAACCUGCGCUCUGAAAACGAGAAAAUGAAGAGAGAGCUGAAUCAGCUGAAGUCGAGCUUGACGGAGGAGAGCCAGAGGGUCCGAGCAGAGGCCAAGCUGGACAUCAACCUGGAGAGAAGCAGGGUCUCAGACAUGUUUACUGAACAGGAGAAAAAGCUGUUGGAAGCCAACACAGAGUUUCACAGGAAGAAAGCAGACCUUGACCACGACGCCAUGGAGACCAACAAGAAGAUCGACCUCGAUGUAGCCUCGCUAAAAACCCUGCUGGAGUCUCUGAAACUCGAGACCGUGCGCUACCUUGCAGCCUCUGUGUUUUCUUGUCUGACCAUCGCGUUGGGCUUCUACUGGCUAUGGAAGUGAAGAGGACUACCUACACAAGUCUCCAGAAGUAUUUGUUUGAAGAUUGUUUUAAAUCAAGAGCAUUAAUUUAUAAUUGGGAUGUGUCACAAUUUUAUCAUUGAAAUACAUAUUUGUUGCGUGUCAUUUAUUGAAGUUCUAUUGUAUAAGCUAAUCAAAAUGUAUAUUUCCAUUGUACCUCUGUUCAAAGAUAGCCUUUGACCAAGAUCAACUGUCACCAAGUGAUUAAUGUUCAGUAAAACCUUUUCCUGAAAACAUGUCAAUCUUUUUUUCUUUGAUUUAAAAUUCCAUGAAGUUUAAUGAAUUGAAUGAAUAAACCAUCUGCAACUUUUUAUUUGCAGUCUAAUUUAAAUUUUAAGCAGUUUAUUUAGCAGAGUAUUAACCGUUAAUAUUGUGAAAUACCAACCUGGUUAAGUGUGCUCACCAAUUUGCUCAAAUGUAAAGUCACUCAGUUGCCGGAAAAAGGAAACAUCAG